CUGUGGCUGCAGCAACUGCAAAAACUGCAAGAAAAAAACCCACCAUUGAUUCACCCCCUCCACAGCAGCUACUCUUCCUCCUCCUCCAUUAUUUCCUUCCCUUUUUUUUUACCUUCCAUUCCUCCUCCAUUUACUGCCUCUUCUUCUCUUCUCCCUCAGCUUCUAAAAAGGGCCAAACCCGCCCACAAGAUUUUCUCCUCCGCUCCUUUCCCUUUUUUCUCACCCCCUCCCUCCCAUCUGCUUAUUCUGGCUCUCCCGACCAUGGAAGCUUUUAGCCUCCUCAAGUACUGGCGCGGCGGCGGCGGCGGCGGCGGGGACCCUCGCGCCGCUUCCGUCCCGGCCACCACCAUCUUCGCCACCGCCUCCGCCACCGCCGUCCCCCGCUCCUCCCCCGAGACCGACGACGACGACGACGACGACGACGGAGACGACGGGCCGUUCUUCGACCUGGAGUUCGCCCCGGUCCCCGACGACGAGGACGACGAGGAAAAGCCCGAGGUGGAGGAAGAGGAGAGGCGGAAACAGGACGAGCCCGGCAACGACGAAGACGACAGUGCCAGUGAAUGCGGAGGUGGCGACGACGUGGACAGAGAGUUCGACUUCACGCUCUCUUCUGGGUCGUCCGGGUCGAGCCACGACUGCACGGACGCGAACAUUGCGUCGUCUCUCUCUCCCUCCGACGACCUCUUCUUCAAAGGGAAGCUCGUGCCCAUCGAGCCCUCCUCCGACCCCGACUCCACCAAGCCUCCGUCGUUUGCCGCCGCCGCCUCGCUGCUGAAAUCUGCCACUAAGUUUCGCGUCUUCAUGUUGGGUCUCAAGAAGUCAAAGCCCAUGAACACGUUGGAGAAAGCAGAGAAAACAGAGACCUCGGAAGAGCCGUGCCUGACAGUCAUAACGCCGCCACAGAGAGCGAGAGCGCAAGAACGGGGCAACAACAACAAGCAAAGCAGCAGCAGCAGCAACAAGUUCUUGACCGUGAAGUUUAAGGUCGAGGAAGUCCCGCUCGUAUCUCUCUUCACUCGCGACAACAGCUCGAGGAGCGCCUCCGGUGCGAAGCCGCCGCAGAAACAGACAUCCGAGGAAGACGCGGCGAGCGGCGACGAGAGACGCUUCGCGAGGGAGGCGAUGCGGCGGUAUCUGAAGAAGGUGAAGCCGUUCUACAUCCGCGUCUCCAAGCGGUACGGCGAGAGGUUGGGACUCUCUGGGCAGCUCGGCCACACCGUGUUUGAGCCGACGGUAGGCGAGAAGAGCCGGUCCAAGGCCUCGGCCGUGGCGGAGGUGGGCAGCAGUGGCCACGGGAGUAGCCAGAGGCAGGGGCAGGGGCAGGGGCAGGGGAGCAGUAGCAUCCCGGCUGGGCUGAGGGUGGUGUGCAAGCAUCUGGGGAAGAGCCGCUCGGCCUCGUCGGCCGUGGCCGCAGCGCCGGGAGGGCAGGCGGCGGCGGCGGCAGCGUCGAGGAGGGACGAUUCGCUGCUGCAACAGCAGGAUGGGAUCCAAAGCGCCAUCUUGCAUUGCAAGAGAUCCUUCAACGCCUCGCGAGAUUCGGAGUCGUCGCUGUUGGCGAGGUCAGUGAGCGAUCCGCUGCGCAAGGAUGCAUCAAGAAGUUCGCCGGAGGACGGAAAAUGAAGACGGAAAGCGCGGGAAGAAAACACGAAAAAUAAAAGACAGCCGUACUACCAUAUAUGAUGGGUGGCGUGGUUUUUCGAUGUUCGAAAUCAUUGCCCAAUGAAAGGGACGAGAAGGAAAUGAUUAAAUUUUUCCAUCAGUCGUCACCCGUCUUUUCCUCCACUGUAAAUUUUCUAGGAAAAUAUAGGGAAUUAGGUAAGGAUAAAAGAUUAAGCGGGGCGGUCUUCUUCCUCACGGGAAGUGAGAGAGAGGAAGGAGAAUCGUAUCCAGAUCUUUUGUGUAUGUGUUCUUUGCAUUUCGGUGAUGUGAUCUGCAGCAGCAGCAGCACGCAUCGCUUUCUUCAAAUAUAUCUAUUAUCGGAAUUAGCGAA